UGGGGAACUAUAAAGCGGCGGACGGCCGGCGAUCGUGACCCAGAAGCAGUCGUUUGGCGGGAUUGGAGACACACACCUGCGGACAGGAUGUCGACGUCACAGAAGCACCGCGACUUCGUGGCCGAGCCCAUGGGCGAGAAGUCCGUGAAGUGCCUGGCGGGGAUUGGCGAGACCCUCGGCCAGAGGUUGGAAGAUCAAGGAUUUGACAAGGCGUACGUGGUGCUGGGCCAAUUCCUGGUCCUGAAGAAGGACGAGGAACUGUUCAAGGAGUGGCUGAAGGACACCUGCCAGGCCAACUCCAAGCAAAGCAACGACUGCCACACCUGUCUGCGGGAGUGGUGCGACGCCUUCCUGUAAUCUUUCCCCCUGACCCCCCCCCCCGCAGCAGCAGCGUUCCCUCCCCGCAAAACCCCCUCCCUUUCAGAGUGAAAUCGGCCCACCCAGCUUUCUCUGGAGCUCCUUUGGUUCCAUCUUUGUGCUCCCUUAACUACUGAAACCACUAAGAGGGCCGGGCUGGGAACCGGAGAGCAUUGGAAGGGUUGCCCUCUUUCUGCGCCGCUAACUCAUCACACUCUCCUGAGCCAAGACGUUGGAUAUUCUUAGCGUGAGGUUUUUUUGAAAACCUUCCCCUUCCCUUCCCUCCACUGUACACCCCUGUACUCCUGAAAAUGACUAAUCUGUCCUGUGACGGGUUCAAUCGUGCCACAAACCAGUUCGUUCUCUCUCUCUCUCUCUCUCUGGAUCCAUGCCAGAGGCCACAGUUCUGAGCUGGGACUCACUAUUUCCUGCCCACUAUCCUCCUUCCCGUUCCCAUAACUUUGUGCUGAGUGUUGAGACUCGACUUCACUGUAGAAAUUGUUACUAAAUUUUAUAUGAAUAAAUAAUUCUGUGUUCGGUU